CAUCCCCCAAGCCCUCGCCGCAGUUGCUCGCACAGUUCGCAACGCCGCCAAGAUGCCCAAGGGAAAGUGGAUUGACAAGAAGACGGCCCAGCACUUCACGCUGGUGCAUCGCCCGCAAAAUGAUCCUCUCAUCCACGACGAUAGUGCGCCGUCCAUGGUGCUGAACCCGACGCAAGUUCCGGGCGGCUCCAAGGCAAAGCGCCUCGACGAUCUUGCCUCCGAGCUCGGAUCUGAUGCCGCGAACAUUCGUGCCAACGAAGGCGAGGCUGCCUCGUACGGUGUCUACUUCGACGAUUCCGAGUAUGACUACAUGCAGCAUCUGCGGGAUCUCAACACCGGAGGCGGUGAGGUCGUUUUCAUCGAAGCGGAGACGGGAAACAAGAACAAGGGAAAACAAAAGCAGUCGCUCGAGGAAGCGCUGAGGGAAAUGGACCUGGAACAAAAGUCUGGCGACGUGCUUGAUGAAGAGAUUCUCCCUUCCAAGAACCUGACGAGGGUGACCUACGAGGCCCAACAAGACGUGCCCGACUCCAUUCGCGGGUUUCAGCCUGACAUGGACCCUAUGUUACGGGAGGUGUUGGAGGCGCUCGAGGACGACGCAUUUGUUGACGAGGCGGGGGAUGACGAUCUAUUCCAGCGGCUCGCCAAGGAUGGCCGGGAGCUGGACGACUACGAAUUUGAGGAUGCGCAGUAUGAAGAAGAUGAUGACGAAGGUUGGGAGUCGGACGACACCGCCAAACCGAUCAAGGAAUUCAAAGAUGAAGUCCCUGAGCUGGUCAGGGCCCCAACAGAACAACCUGAAGAGGGUCCAUCUCAGGACUGGCUAGAGGACUUCAAGAAGUUCAAGAAGGAGCACAAGUCAGGGCGAGCACCUAUUGCGCCUUCGCAGUCGGAGUUGCAGUCGACGUGGACUACAACAACAAAUGGCGGCAGGCGAAAGAAGCGUAAGGGUGCGCUGACUGAGGCGUCGAGCUUCUCCAUGACGUCGUCGUCGCUCGUCCGCACUGAACAGAUGACGCUGCUGGAUGCGCGGUUCGACAAGAUCGAGGAAGCAUACAACGAGGAUGCGGAAGAUGAUAUGGCAUCAGUGUCGGCUGUAUCGGCCGCAUCGAGCGUUACUGGAGCGACAAGAGGAGACUUUGACAACAUUCUGGAUGAUUUCCUGGGUAAUUAUACCAAGCCAGGCAAGCGGACGUCGAAAAAGACCAAGGCGCAGACCGGACUGGAGCAGCUGGAUGAGAUACGAAAGGGCUUGGGACCGGCCCGCAUUCGAGGGCGGUGAUGGCAAUAAUGACCAAGUAAAGCGUUGAUUUAGAUUGCUUUUCCGGCGCCAUAACGAGGAUAGAACAGGCGGGAUACAAUCUGGCCCUUUAGUUUUUCGCAUCGUUUGCGGGUGAACAGGUAGC